AUGCCCAAACAUGGUAUGUGCCCGGCAAAAGAGCCCAAAAUGUUCCAUGUUCAACGGGCGGAAGUCUCGUGGGAGCACGUGGAGACUAAAGUGCUCCUCUCUCAUCUCAAGGACAUGGAGUGGACAGGAGGAAAGCGCAACGAAGCAACGUGCGGCGACUUUGCUCCAGCACUGACAGAAUCCAUGUGUAUAAAAUGUCGGCAGUCCGCGCCUUACCCGGCAAAAGACCAAAGUAUGUCGACAUCAGGAGGAGCCCCGAGCCUGGCGACGACAGCGGCGGCAGUCCUGUGCGUCCUGGCCGCGGCGCUCGUGCUCGCGAGCGGCCAGCAGUGCGGGUCGCAGGCCGGCGGCGCGACGUGCCGUGACUGCCUCUGCUGCAGCCAAUUCGGCUUCUGCGGCAACACCUCCGACUACUGCGGCGCCGGGUGCCAGAGCCAGUGCAGCGGCUGCGGCCCCGCGGGCCCCGGCGUGGCGUCCGUGGUGCCGAGGGACCUCUUCGAGCGGCUGCUCCUCCACCGCAGCGACGCGGCGUGCCCCGCGCGCGGGUUCUACACCUACGACGCGUUCCUCGCCGCCGCGGCCGCGUUCCCGGCCUUCGGCACGACGGGCGGCGACGACGAGCAGCGGAAGCGGGAGGUCGCGGCGUUCCUGGGCCAGACCUCCCACGAGACCACGGGCGGGUGGCCUUCCGCGCCUGACGGGCCCUUCUCGUGGGGUUACUGCUUCAAGGAGGAGCGCAGCCCGCCGUCCAACUACUGCGAGCCGCGGCCGGAGUGGCCGUGCGCGCCCGGCAAGAAGUACUUCGGCCGCGGCCCCAUCCAGAUCUCCUUCAACUACAACUACGGCCCGGCGGGGAGAGCCAUCGGCGUGGACCUCCUCAACAACCCGGACCUGGUCGCGACCGACCCCGUGGUAUCCUUCAAGACGGCGCUGUGGUUCUGGAUGACCGCGCGGGACAACAAGCCGUCGUGCCACGCCGUGAUCACGGGGCAGUGGACGCCCACGGCCGCGGACAGGGCGGCCGGCCGGGGCGCGCCCGGGUACGGCGUGGUCACCAACAUCAUCAACGGUGGGAUCGAGUGCGGGCACGGGGCCGACCCCCGUGUGACCGACCGGAUUGGCUUCUACAAGCGCUACUGCGAUGUCUUCCGCAUCGGCUACGGGAGCAACCUCGACUGCGACGGCCAGAGGCCGUUCAAUAACGCGGUGGCGGUUGAGCUGGCGGCGCAGUGA